CACUCGUCAGAGGAAGUCGUCAGGAUUCGGUUUCCCGUCGUUUCGUCUUGAACUGAAACACAACAAACCUAUGCUAAUAUAAUAGUCGCAGCAGUUUAAAAGCGAUUUAUUUUGUUCCACACUUCAGCGUCAUGUGUCAUAAAUGAAUUCCUGGUCCAACACUAGCGUGUAAUCCUGAGAAAAAUGGAUAUUGCCACACCGCCAGAAGAUCAAGAGCUGCGUAAUGUCAUUGACAAACUGGCCCAGUUUGUCGCCCGAAAUGGACCCGAGUUUGAGAAGAUGACCAUGGAGAAGCAGAAGGAGAACCCCAAGUUCUCGUUUCUGUUCGGAGGAGAAUAUUUCGGCUACUACAAAUACAAGCUGGCCAUCGAACAGCAGCAGCAUUCUGCCACUCAUGAUGAUGAAUAUAAAAUGGAAGAGCUCUGUAAACCUCCAGGUAAUGAGGUCGCCGAUGUUUCCGCGACGAUGACGAUGCUCCCGCCGCCGCCGAUCCCGCCGACCACGCCGUCUGUGGAGGAGCUCAUCCAGCAGAGCCAGUGGAACCUCCAGCAGCAGGAGCAACACCUGCUCAGCCUCAGACAGGAGCAAGUGACGGCCGCCAUCUCUCUGGCGAUGGAGCAGCAGACGCAGAAACUGCUGGUGGAGACGCAGCUGGACAUGAACGAGUUCGACAACCUGCUCCAGCCCAUCAUAGACACCUGCACCAAAGACGCCAUAUCGGCUGGAAAGAACUGGAUGUUCAGUAACGCUAAGACCCCGCCGCACUGCGAGCUGAUGGCGUCGCAUCUCAGAAACCGCAUCACUGCGGACGAGGCACAUUUUGAGCUCCGCCUGCAUCUCAUCUAUCUGACCAAUGACGUCCUGCAUCACUGUCAGAGGAAGAAUCAGAGGGAUCUUUUGGCGGCUCUACAGAAAGUCGUGGUUCCCAUUUACUGCACCAGCUUCCUGGCUGUAGAGGAAGACAAGCAGCAGAAAAUCACCCGCCUGCUGCUGCUCUGGGAGAAGAACGGCUACUUUGACGACGUCACCAUUCAGCAGCUUCAGAGUCCGGCUCUGGGUCUGGGACAGUAUCAGGCGUCGCUCAUCACGGAGUACGCGCCGGUGGUGCAGCCCGUCCAGAUGGCCUUCCAGCAGCAGAUCCAGGUGCUGAAGACGCAGCACGAGGAGUUUGUAACUAACCUGAAGCAGCAGCAGACGGUGGCUGUAGCAGCAGCCGCGGCCGCUGUCGGUCAACUGACGCCUGCAGAUGCCGACGUGAAGACUCAACCGCCCUUGACCUCUCAGCCUGGAGAUCUGAAACCUCCAGGGGCCGGUCCCACACCCGCUGAUUACGAAGGCCCUCAGAACCGACCAUCAGACUCGAACCCAGCAGCGUCGUCCGACAUUCCCUCCUCUAAACCCGGCUGGUUCGAGCCGCAGCACAACAUGCCAGCGUGGAACCCGCAACAACCCCCACCAUUCGCCCCAGUUCAAGCCCCGCCCCCCUGGAACAGCCACGAGGGCAUGUGGAACGAGCAGCGGGACCCCAACUGGAGCGGCCCUCGGGACGGGGGCCCCGCAGGCCCCUGGAGUAGCCAGAACGAGCCACCGCCCUCCUGGAGCGGCCAGUUCGACCAGCCGCCGUGGAGCAGCCAGCCGGAUCAGCCGCCACCGUGGGGCCAGAGGGAGCCUCCCUUCCGCAUGCAGCGUCCUCCGCAUUUUCGCGGGCCCUUCCCUCCACACCAGCAGCCACCACCGUUCAACCAGCCGCCGCCGCCGCCGCCACACAACUUCGGUCGCUUCCCGCCGCGCUUCAUGCAGGACGAGUUUCCUCCGCGGCAUCACUUUGAGCGGCCGCCGUAUCCACCGCACCGAUUCGACUACCCGCAGGGAGACUUCCCAGGAGAGAUCGGUCCGCCUCCUCAUCACCACCCGAACCAGAGGAUUCCCCCUCCCGGGAUGUCUGAUCCUCCUCCGUGGGGCGGGAACCAGCAUCCCGAUUUCGGACCGCCUCCUCACGGGUUUAACGGUCAGGCGCCCCACAUGCGGCGCCAGACCCCGGCUCACGUCAGUCAGGACGACCCCAGCCUGGUUCCCAACGUGCCCUACUUCGACCUUCCCGCAGGACUCAUGGCGCCGCUUGUGAAGCUUGAAGAUCACGAUUAUAAGCCUCUGGACCCCAAAGACAUCCGUCUGCCGCCCCCGAUGCCUCCCAGUGAGCGUCUGCUGGCCGCAGUGGAGGCGUUUUACAGCCCGCCGUCCCACGACAGACCCAGAAACAGUGAGGGUUGGGAACAGAAUGGUCUGUAUGAGUUCUUCCGGGCCAAAAUGAGAGCAAGGCGGAAAAAGGACCAAGACAAACGCAACAGCACCCGAGGGAGUCCCUCCCGCAGUCGGUCACGCAGCCGAGGACGAUCCACAUCACGCUCCAGCUCCAGGUCUUCCAAAUCCUCUCGCUCCAGAUCCCGAUCCAGAUCCCACUCUCGUUCUCGCUCUCGCUCCUACUCCAGAUCUCACUCUAGGAGCAGGAGUCGCUCCAGAUCCAGAUCCCAAAGUCGCUCCCGCUCCAGAUCUCGCUCCAGGUCACGAUCUCCAGACAAGCGUCGCCACGCUGCAAAAUCACGCAGUCCGACGCCACCCUCCACAUCUGGUUUGGGUUCAGGUCCUGCUGCGUUACCCGUCGACCUCAGGCUGGGUGAAGAAAACAAAGGCCAUCAGAUGCUCAUGAAGAUGGGCUGGAGUGGAUCAGGAGGUCUUGGUGCUAAAGAACAGGGCAUUCAAGACCCCAUCAAAGGAGGAGACAUCCGGGACAAGUGGGACCAGUAUAAAGGAGUGGGAGUCCAACUGGACGACCCGUACGUGAACUACAGGCGAAACAAAAGCUACAAUUUUGUCGCAAGGAUGAAAGCACGAGAAAAAGUAACCAGAGACCCCCAGGAGCCCUCCAGCACAGAGUGAUCACCCGUGAUCUGUUUUUUUUUUACUGUAGCUGUCAUAAAGCUGUUUUUCAGAUUCGUUUGGAUGUUCUCGUCGCUCUCGAGUUUCUUUCUUUCUGUAGUAAAAUGCAUCAACGCAUCAUAUUGUAACUCACAGAAAUUGUCCGUGUCAUUGCAAGCAUUUGCUUUGAUUAAUCUGAGACUCUGUACAAGCAAAAUAAAGAUGUUUGAAAAAGG